CAUUCUAAGGCCAAUGGUCUCCCCAGAACCAGUCAGGUACAGACGGAUGGUAUAAAAGGUUUGUGAAGUGCAACACUCGUGCAUUCUCGUGACUGUGUGCAGGCGACUGUCAUUCUUUGAGAAACCAUGGAAUGCUUGGUACAAAUGAGACCGCUUCUCGUUUCCAUGGCGACAGUGGGACUUUAUUACGAGCUCUCAGUCUUCAGGAAUUCCAUCAAAAAGGAUUUGGAGACAGAUAAUAAUGUCGGUAAUGGUGACAGAGACCCAAAGCGGUCUAAAUCAUUUCGAGGCUUCCAGAAAUAUUGUCUUGCGGUGUGCAUCUUCCUCUGGGUUUACGCAGUCCGCUACAUUCCAUCCUUCUGGGUCGACUUGGAUUACAAAGCAGGACUAACAGCUCCGAAAGUAGUCGCCCUGUCCUGGGUCUUGCAAUGCGCGAUCACCGCAACGGUGAUCUAUAGAGGCUGUAGGAAUCCUGAGCAACUUCCGGGAUUUCUAAAACUGCUUGCAGACCACGUGACCAAUAACACCCACAGCCCUUUAAGUGCUCCCAAGAACCAGUUUCUUACGAGAAUGGCGAUAAAUUGUCACUGCCCUGUGCUGGAUCUUUGUCGUCAUUACCAACCUUCCACUCGUCAUCGCUUAUCUCAACAUCUUCGAAGGGUCGGAUGUGUACGUCACUAUAGUUACGAUGCCUUUCGGCAAAUCGAUCGUCAGCCAGGUCGUCAACUUCAUCAUCAACGUCCAUCUGUCCAUGGCGUGGGUGUUCCCUAUCGGCUUCAUCUGCCUGCUGUGCACGGUCCUUCGCCUUCAAUUUCAGGCGUUGACCCAAGCCAUCCAAGUUUGUCUCUCCACCUCCAGAAGCAACCUGCUCCGUGACCUGGCGACCUUUCGUCGUCAGCAUCUGCAGCUGUGCGCAUGCGUGCGCGUGCUGGACGUGGUGUUCCGUCGUCUGAUCAUGACGUCGUACGUCACCAACGUUCCCAUCAUCUGCUUCUUGCUGUACCAGCUCGUCACCUCCAACUUCGAUGGCCUCUUGUCGGUCUGUAACAUCUACUGGCUCAUCAACAACGCCUUCUGUGUUGUCAUCAUCUCGCUCUACUCCGCCAUCGUCCAUGAAGAGGCUCACUCCGCACUUGAUGCUCUGUUCGAGGUACAGACCUCUGGGGCAGACCCUGACCAGAUAGUGGAGCUGCAGUUGUUCCUGUCCAAGCUGACCGGUCCUCCUAUCGGCUUCACUGCUCUGGGCAUCAUCACCGUUAGCAAAGAGACAAUCUUAACGCUGGGUGGACUGCUGUCAACGUACUUCUUUCUGCUGGUCCAGUAUCGGAUCGACUAGAGGACAUCAUGACACUGCUCUGGUUACAGGACAUAACUGUGUCAUGUGAUCGUGUCGGGUGGGAAUACCGUGACAAUCUGAUGUCAUUGUCGACAGGUCGUACAAACAUUUAUUUCACCCUCCUCCCGUCAUGUUUUCCUAGAGCUCUGGUAUCUCAUUUCGGUGGGAAAUGAAAUAAAGUGAGUUGUGGGG